AUGACCCAACGAUCCACCAUCACCAUCAAGUCAGGGGGCACUCGCAACUUCAGUGCUUCCUCUGCCAAUCUCCUCCCAGGCUACCGGCCCAGCUUCAGCUCUGUCUCUGUGUCCCAGGGUGGGAAGAGCUUUGGAGGCAGCCUUGGGGGCAGCUUUGGGACGAGGAGCCUCCACGGCCUUGGCGGUAACAAGAGAAUCUCCAUCAGCGGGGGCUACCGGUCUAGCCGGGCUGGCUUCGGGGGAGCUGGCUAUGGGCUGGGUGCUGGGGGCAUAGGCUACAGAGUUGGGGGAGCCUGCAGCGGGUAUGGAUUUGGAGGCGGGAUGACGCCUGGAGCUGGAGGCAUCCAUGAGGUCACUGUCAACCAGAGUCUACUGACCCCCCUCAACCUGGAGAUUGAUCCCUCUCUCCAGCGGGUGCGGAAGGAGGAGAAGGAACAAAUCAAGAGUCUCAACAACAAGUUCGCCUCCUUCAUUGACAAGGUGCGAUUCCUGGAGCAGCAGAACAAAGUCCUGGAGACAAAAUGGAACAUCCUGCAAGACCAUAAAACUACCAGGACCAAUCUUGAGCCCAUGUUUGAAGCCUACAUCAACAACCUGAGGCGGCAGCUGGACAGCCUGGGUGGAGAGCGGAGUAGGCUGGAGGUGGAGCUGAAGAGCAUGCAGGACGUGGUGGAGGACUUCAAGAACAAGUAUGAAGAAGAAAUCAAUAAACGCACAGCAGCAGAGAAUGAGUUUGUGGUGCUCAAGAAGGACGUGGAUGCCGCCUACAUGAACAAGGUGGAGCUGGAGGCCAAGGUGGACGCCCUGAUGGAUGAGAUCAACUUCCUGAGAGCUUUCUACGAAGCGGAGCUGGCUCAGCUUCAGGCCCAGAUCUCUGAGACCUCUGUGGUCCUGUCGAUGGACAACAAUCGCUCCCUGGACCUGGACAGCAUCAUCGCUGAGGUCAAGGCCCAGUAUGAGGACAUCGCCAAUCGCAGCCGGGCCGAGGCUGAGUCGUGGUACCAGACAAAGUACGAGGAGCUGCAGAGGUCUGCUGGCCAGCACGGGGACGACCUCCGCACCACCAAGAUGGAGAUCUCUGAGCUGAACCGGAUGAUGCAGAGGCUGCGCUCUGAGAUCGAUAACCUGAAGAAGCAGUGUGCUGCACUCCAGGCUGCCAUUGCCGAUGCUGAGCAGCGUGGGGAGCUGGCCCUGAAGGAUGCCAAGAAUAAGCUGGAAGGGCUGGAGGACGCCCUGCAGAAGGCCAAGCAGGACAUGGCGCGGCAGCUGCGCGAGUACCAGGAGCUCAUGAAUGUCAAGCUGGCCCUGGACAUCGAGAUCGCCACCUACCGCAAGCUGCUGGAGGGCGAGGAGUGCAGGCUCACUGGAGAAGGUGUUGGACCUGUGAAUAUCUCCGUGGUCUCUUCCACUGGGGGCACAGGCUACAGUGGGGGCAGUGGCCUCGGUGCAGGUGGGGGCGGCUACAGCAGCGGCCUCUGCUACAGCGGCGGGAACAGCGGCUUCAGCUCCACCAGCGGUCUCAGUGGGGGCGGCAGCAGCUCCAGCAUGCGCAUCAUCUCCAAGACAUCAUCCACCAAGAAGAGCUACAGGAGCUAA